AUGGGAGAGGGUUGUGAGCAUGUUAUGGCCGCCGUCGGUGUGGCGGACGGUUCCAAAGGCAAAGCCGCGGGGGGCUCCAAGAAGAGCUCAUCCAAGCCGAAGGCAUCGCCGGAGCUGGUGGUCAAGAAGGACCAGGAAUACCUCGAGACCAUUAUCCAGAAGCGCGUAAGGAUGUUCGAGGAGAUUCAGGUCCAGCAGGCUGCUGCCCGGGAGAGAGUUGGUGGAGAAGUCGUCAAGUACGCAUAAUUGCGUUGUUUAUAAGCAAAAAGUUUAUAUGAAAUUGGAGAAUGUCGAAUUGAAGUUGAUUCCUUGCUUUGACAGUUCAGAUGCUCAUUGCAUUCUUUUCUUGUCUUCUCCUGUAAAGGGUUACUUUGCCGGAUGGCACCGUUAAGGAGGGAAAGAAAUUUAUUUCUUCGCCAAUGGACAUUGCCAGGGAAAUUUCCCCUGGAUUAGCUGCCAGUGCGCUGAUUGCCCAAGUGAGUCUUUGGCCUUCCCGUUGGCUUCUUUGAAUUGGUUUUUUCUCGAGAGUUGAAAAGGAUCAUGGUUCAACCUUCGGUUACGGCCAUCAGCUUGUCUGUGAUUAAAUGCAUCUGGAUGGUUCGGUGGAUGUGCUCCGUUUCAGUGAAUUGUUUCUUAUUAAAGGAAAAGAAGCCCCUUUACAUUCUACCGUCUGAAAAUUAGUUCACUUGAUGCUCUAUCAUAAAAUUCAACAGAUCCUAGAUUUAAUAGCAGUUCGUCUGGAACCACCUCUAUUGUCCUAGACAAAGUGGCAUUACGGUAAGCAUGAAAUACUCAGGCACAUUAGAUGCUGACUGUAAGGAUAAGUUUUGAGUAACGCAGUCAGGCGGUUCGCUAUUCCCAUCUUUGGGCUGCCCAUCGAUUAAACUAUUUUGAUGUAACUAUUUAAACAAAAUCUAUGUCCGAGUCAGAUAUUAAAUUUGGGUUGUGCUUGGAUUGAUCCAAAGCGGGUCACUGUAAUUCAUUCUAAUCCGAGUCAUGUAGUAUCUUUUUUGGGUGCUUCUCCCAGCAGUGAAACUGUCUAGAAAGAGUUUGAUCUUGCUUGACCCCCUUUAACUCAUAUUGUAGAGCCUGCACAACUCAACUAAUCUAUGCAGUAUAUUUUCGAUCCAAGUUGGUUGACCUUGGUGGAUUACUUUAAUUCGUAAUGUAUUUGUCUGAACUAACCGACUUAAUACGUUGAGCAUACACGUUUAGCUAUGCUUUUUUACAAAGAAAACCAUUUUUUAGAAAUUGUUUUUUACUGUGCGUGGGCCAGUAUACUAUUAUGUGAAAGUGAAAGCUUGACCUUCAUUUAAAUGCGUUGGAUGGCUCAACGAAUUCAGAGUCACUUGACCCAUUUAACUUAUAUGUUGCGGCAAGUCACAUACAUAUCCGCACGACCUGACUUAAUUUAGUCCAUUUAGCGUAUGUAUAGCUGUAAGCAAAAAGCACGACGCAUAAAACAUAACAAGUCGCACAGAGGCUUGUGCAACCCUGCGGAAUCCUAUCCACUUAUCAGACAUGUCUCAGUAGCACAUGAAAGCUAUCUUUUUGAAAUGUUAUGACGUAAGUGGAUUGUAUGGUUUUCACCCCAAAGCUAAAAACCAUUCAGUUAAUGUUGCAUGGCUGUACUGGUUAUUUACUAGAACGCUUUCUCGAUACCUUAAACUCCUAUUUCCUUCAUUUUGGGUACUCUGCAAUGACGACAGUCUUUGAUAUCACCAUCACUAUGUUAGCUGAAGAUCCGACGUAGCCAUUGAUCUCAAAUAGACAAUAUGUUGGGUCAUGGUUUCUUAUGAUGUUGAUGAAGAGGGAAUGGCUAGAGGUAAUGGUAUGAUCCAAAUGAUCCAGGAAAGAUGAUGCAAGUGGCAUUCAUCACACAAAAGAGCUCGUUGGUCAUGGUGACUAAACAGCUGACAAUCACAUUCACCUCAGGGACCUGGACAGGAGGCUCACAUUUUUUCCUUCUCGUUUUCUUUAGGCCUAUGAUAGCUAUUUAUUGAACUGAUUCUACAAUUCGUAAUAUGUGCCCUUGUCUAAAAAUUCUUUGAGCUUAACAACCUGCUAUUGUUGUCUUUUCCAGAAUAUGAACUAGGACAAGAACUCUUUAAGUAAAGAUAUGCUGAAAAUUUCACGAAGCUAUUGAAUACUUUCUUUCGUUUAAACGAUUGUAUAGUUAGGUCUAAUUUAAAAAUUUGGGAUAUUUUUUCCCUGAUAGUUAUUGUACCAAAGUGUUAGAUAUCCUUUUCAAUAAUACAAUUUUUAGACUCUAUCUACAUUUGUGAACUUUUCAUGAAUAGCAUAAUAUUAUUUUGAGACCUAGCAUAAUAUAUGAGAAUAACCUACCAAUAGAUCUGUAAAUGUCCACAGUAAAACCAGGUUUCGUCUAAACGUCACUUGUUAUAUCAGCAACAAGGGUACAAAUCGAGGCUUCCUUGUCUUAGUCAUCUUAAUAUCUGUGAUUACACAAACAUGACACUACAGUGAGUUUGUAACUAAAUCUCACCAUCAUGGCAAUAUCACGCUAAUCCGUACAGAUCGCACAAAACAAAAACAUAAUCAUUUUCUUGAUAAGUUCGGAACUCACUAAUCAUCUAAAACAAUAUCCGAUUGAAAGGAAUCAACAUCUCACUUUUGUGGAGAAUCAGGUGAUCGAUCAGCAUCUCUCAAUAAUAUUUUUAGGUCAAUACCUCAUUCUGUUUAAGAUUUUGCUUGUUCAUAGUUUCACAGUGUUCUUUUUUGCUUAUUCCAAUCCCAUUUAAUUUGAUUAUUUUGUGGAAAGGGGAAAAUUACCAUGUUUUGUGAACUGGGAUUGUUUCGUUUAGAUUGUUGUUGAAUUGCCUUGAGGCUUUGUUCUUAUCUUUUUCGAACGUAUUAGCAAUUUUUGUGUCUUCAGACGUGCUCAAUGCAGAACAGCUGCCUCUGUUUGUUUAUGUAAAUUCACUCUACAAAUCAUCAACCUUUCCUUCAUGAAGGUAAAUGGAACACUUUGGGACAUGUCAAGGCCCCUAGAGGAUGACUGUGAACUGACGAUAUUCAAAUUUGAUUCCAAAGAAGGGCGUGAUACCUUUUGGCAUUCUAGUGCUCAUAUCCUUGGACAGGUGUGUCUAUUUGCGAUCAAUCUCAUCAAAGAGGAGCUAUUUAGUGUCUUGAUCUUAUUUCAAAUGAAAUUUCGUUUUUAACUACAAGUUUUCUUUUUUCCAUUAUGGCAGUCCCUUGAGAUGGAGUAUGGAUGUAGACUUUGCAUUGGGCCUUGCACCACUAGAGGGGAGGUAAAUGAGACGCUAAUGUUAAUCUUUUUAAUUUUUUCAUCAUAGUUCUGUAAUUUAAUUCUUAAAUCAUACGGAAUAUGCUGUGAAGGAUGACCAUUUUGUGAGCCAGUUUAAACAAAAGUCAUAGUAAAAUCUUAAUUUGCCUUACAAUGCUGUUUUGAGUAAUUAUUGCUUAAUUGUGGAUGUGCUUAUUAUUUGAUCGUCAUCUCCCUGUAGGGUUUUUAUUAUGAUGCCUUUUAUGAUGAUCUUACGCUGAAUGAGGAGCACUUUAACCAUAUUCAAGCACAAGCACAGAAAGCUGUGGCGGUACUAUGUUUUCCACCUCAUACUUAUGAAAUUUGCAACUUGAUUUGAUGCCAUGCCAAGCCUUUCUAAAGUCUUGGUUUCUUAUUUUAGCCCCCAAAAUUUAGAUGCAAAAUUCCGGCUCACUGUGUUGUUUACAAUUUCAGCUGAAGUAAAUUAUUUGUUUUAUGUAGGAAAAACAACCUUUUGAGCGAAUUGAAGUUACACGUGAUCAGGCACUUGAGAUGUUUGCUGAAAAUAAAUUCAAGGCAAGUUAUGCUUGUGAUUUUUCAUUCCGUUGUCCAUAACAGUUGAGUGUGGCCUAUGUGAUGUCCAUUGGCAUGUAAUAUUCUCUUCAACUUUUUCUCAUCACGCAGUAAAUUGAGUGCAUUUUCUCAUAAGUUUUGGCUAUACAUUCUAUUAGUUCCUUUGGUUCUUGUUUCAUGCAGGUUGAGCUCAUUAAUGAACUCCCAGAUGAUAAAACUAUCACUGUGUAUAGAUGUGGGCCUCUGGUUGAUCUUUGUCGGGGACCUCAUAUUCCGAAUACAUCUUUCGUGAAGGCAUUUAGAUGCUUGAAGGUGCGAAUCUGCCAUUGGAAGCUGAUUGUGAAUUCAGCUAUUCUGGGAAACGUGCAUAUCAAUGUUUUCAUUUUAUAAUCAGGCUUCUUCAUCUUAUUGGCGGGGUAAAGCAGAGCGUGAAAGUCUUCAGAGAGUUUAUGGAAUUUCUUUUCCUGAUCCUAAACGUCUUAAGGUAUCUCCUUUUUCUUUACAUUCCUAAUAGAUUUUUAACGAUUUUCGCAUAUCUGUCUAUUUUCAUCAAAAAGUUUAACGCUUUUUAAUGAUCGUCACAGAUCUGCAAAAGCGUUCAUGCAUGCAUGACUCUGUUGAGCUUAUUCAGCUAGAGAACAAACCACAAAUAUUAUUAUAUAAGGAAUAAAUAGCAAGUUUUAUGAGGGCAUAUGUGAUAUUCUUUUGGAUAAGUACUAGACAACGAACAAUGAAAGUUUUUGUAGUUUUUGUUUCAUCCUUAACUGAAGGAGAAUUGAGCACGUGGUGUUAUGAAAGAUGAUCGGCUUUGGCCAAAUCUUUAAAUUUAUGAUGUUUUCUUUCGCUGUAUCUCUUUCAAUUUUUUGCUCAUAGGAUAUGAUUUGUCAAUAAAAAAUCUGAGUAUGAAAUUACAGGUUUUAUCAAGUGUAGAACAUAGUGAGCCUUAAACCAUCUGAUUGGGUUUUAACGGCGUAUCCAGGCAAUCAAAUAUAUUUUGCACAAAAUUCUAAUCUUCCUGUCAUGAAAAGUAAGAAAGAGAAAAGAUCGAUUAACUUUUUCUUUUAUUCUUUUUCUGCUUGGUAAAUUGGCUAAAGAAAGCACAUGCACUGGGGACGAGUUGUUCUGCUGGAUGUAGGCAUUACUUAAACUUAGAACUAGAUGUGUAACUCUUCACGUUCAACUUUUUCGGUGGAAACGUGCUCUUUGACCUGUCAAAUUCGAGGGUUAUUUUUUUCCUCAUUUUGGCUACUAUUUGAGAACUAGAUUUCUUUGCUUCUCCUGUUCCUCUAUUAUAAUUUUGUCAAUACAUUUGCAGUUCCAGUCAACCAGGCAUUUUCUUACCGUCAAGAUUUUCCCAUUCAUUAUAAUAAAAUAGGUUUCAUUUCCCCUGAAGUAAAUUCGUAUAAUCUGCUUUUAUAUUUAGCCGAUUUAUUGAAGCUCAUAUCUUCAUUUUUUCUUGCAGGAGUAUAUCAAUCAGAUUGAGGAAGCAAAGAAAUAUGACCACAGGAUAUUGGGUCUGAAUCAAGAGCUCUUCUUUUUCCAUCCCCUUAGGUAAUGGGAUAUUUGAGUUCAUUUAUUGCAACUAAAAGUCCUAUUCUAUUUAUAACAUUGUCUUUUCCAAAAAUUUCCUCAGCCCUGGAAGUUGUUUUUUCCUACCUCACGGGGCCCGAAUUUAUAACAAGUUAAUGGAGUUCAUCCGGGCUCAGUACAGGGAGAGAGGUUACCAAGAGGUGCAUUUGUUUGCUGUAAUUUGCUUAUGAUCAUUAUACCCUUCUCAAUUGGAAAACCGGGUAACACUCGGACUCUCUAUUUUAGGUCCUGACACCAAACAUGUACAAUAUGCAACUUUGGGAAACUUCGGGUCAUGCUGCAAACUACAAGGAGAAUAUGUUCACCUUUGAGGUGAGAUUUUUAUUGUCUGUUUGCUGGGUAAAAUUUUCGAUUAGUUAUUUUGAACACCUAUUAUGACGUGUAAAUUUAAAACAUGAAUAUGUGCCUGCAAUGUAUUGGACUGGUUUUCAAGCAUGUUGGAUCAGAUUCAAACUGGUUUUCAGGCAACGUUUUCUGUUGUCGAUUGUAUCAGACUGGUUUCCUGCAAUGCAUUUUGGAUCAGAUUGGAACUGUUUCAUCUGUAGAUCACGGAUUUUUCAUUGGAUCUAUUGCUAGCAGUCAGUGGCUGACAAGAAUUUUAUUGGGAAUCUUGAUUGUUUCUAACAUGGUGUAAAAUCUGUAUUAGUUUCAACGUAUUAGGGCUGCUAGAAAAGGUGGCUGGUAAUGAAUGGGUCUCUAACCACAGAUCCUUUGUGUAUUGACAUACUGUUAUUUAUGUUGCGAACAUUUUCAUAAAUGCAGAUUGAGAAACAAGAAUUUGGUCUUAAGCCAAUGAAUUGCCCUGGUCACUGUCUGAUGUUUCAGCAUAGAGUUCGAUCAUACAGAGGUAUGUCAUCAUUCUGUGCGCCACUCGUUUUUUUUUCAGCGUAGAGUAAACCAUAUGGUGGUAUAUUUUUAUGUGGGUUGUACUAUAUCAAUUUGAUAUCGGUGCGCCAUGUGAUAUUAUUUGCAUUGUUGUGCUUCGGUAAGUCCUCGAUUGCUCCAUGUUUUAUCAAUUUUUGUAUGCAUUGUCAGAUUGGUCCAUGGUAGUAUCUUCAAGACAUGGAGAGGUCAAAUUUGUCUGAUGUAGGUGAGACGAAGGGCCUAGUCACGAGCCUCAGCCAGUGUAGUCAACUUUGUCCUGGGUGAAAGGUCCUGGCUGAGAAUUUUUAGGCAUAUGAACGGUAAUAUUUGGCAGAAAUCUCAUAGAAAGCAAUUUAUAACCAUGGGUCAAGAUGGCAUUUUCAAGCAUUGCAAGCAAUUGUACACUAACUACUUACUUAGUGAGAAACAAUCUCGAUAAAGCUUCUGUAUCCAUAGAAAUGCAUAGAUCAAUGACCUUGAACACAGUACGUAGAUAACAGGAAAGACAUGCUUUGACUGUUUAAGUGUUGGUGGCUGUACAUAGCAAAAUACCUUGGAGUUUUUGGUCCCACCUAUACCUGGUCAUCCUUACUACCAAUUUUAAGAGGUCAACAUGAAAGUAGGACUUGUUUCUGGGCACUCAUUGAUCCGUAAAAUCCACUAUACUUUAUAAUAAGUAGACGGAACUAUAUAUUCUACACUUCUUAGAUUAUGGGGUGCAUUAGUUGCUUGAUCUCCAAAACCAACUACCUCCUUCGUGGCCCAAGGUUAAGGGAUCACCAAUUCCAUCGGCCUCUUGUCCUUGUAGCUUUGCCAGGAAAUUAGAGCCCAUGUGCCAAUGGAGUGUAACCAUUGAUUAUGAAGGUACUCCAGAUUGACGGUAUUCUGUAUUUUGGAUUUUUAUACUUUAGAAUGGUGAACAGUUCUCAUGUAAUGUUAAGUUCUUUUGUUUAUUUGCUGUAUUUUGAGAUUUCUGUGAAAUCCUAACUUGCUGUUUCAUAAUGAACUUGCAGAAUUGCCUCUUCGUCUUGCUGACUUUGGUGUUCUGCAUCGAAAUGAACUCAGUGGUGCCCUUACAGGUUUAACUCGUGUGAGACGAUUUCAGCAGGUAGUUCUCACUACUUGUAGUACGACGAUGGGUCUGGCUCUCUUGUUGAUAUUUGUGUCUCUUAAGUUCUCUUGUUGCAUAUAAAGAUCGUCAGAUUAGGCAACUUGCAUCUGGCGGAAGUAUUUUGAUUAAUCUCUCAGGGAGCUUAAAAUGAUCAAAUAUAUUGUAAUUACCUUAGAAAUGUGUAUUAAGGACCCAUUGUAAGUUGAACCGCAUUUGAUGGUGAGUUUAUUGUGUAAAAUGAGUCUAGCAACAAGUUGUUGAACAUAUAUUGAGAAAAUAAGCGCUUCUAACAUUGAUUUUUCCUUUUUUUUCUUUUUGUUUUUCAGGAUGAUGCCCAUAUCUUUUGCAGGGAAUCUCAAGUAAGUGCACAUUUCAUGCUCAACUCAGAUUGAGUUUUGGUUUUACACUUCUAAUUAUAUCAUUAUGUCAUCUGUGUUCCUGAAUGAUGUGAAAAUUGUGAUGUGAAGGAUAUCUAUACAGAAACAGAAUAUAUUACCAUUUUUAAUGCCACUGUAUGGGACACUGAAUGUGAUAUUAUUCUCACUGUUCCAUUCAAUGAGAAUGAAACAGUUGGGGGGGGGGGAGGGGAUGAGGGAGGAACAAUGUUCCAUUCGACUUUUUUUUCUGGGUUUAUUGGUGACAUUUCUAAUUAAUCUAAAAGUGUCUUUUAUUUUUGAUAUACCGUAUUUUCUGAAGUCCAUUUGGACUAAUCCUGUCUCGGUUUGAGUGACUUACUUUGUCACAAAUUUGCAGAUAAAAGAUGAAGUUCGGGGUGUCUUGGAAUUCAUUAGUCAUGCCUAUGGUAUAUUUGGAUUUACUUUUGAGCUGGAACUAUCAACGGUAAUUAUUAGACCUUAGUUUUGUUUUCUAUAUUUAUUUUUAUUCAUAUUGUUUCUUCAUGCACUGGGAAAACUAGGUCAUCUGAUUUUAAUUGCAAUUAAUUGUAUUUUCAUUAUUCAUUGAUUGAUGAUACUGAAUGUGGUACGUUAUUUCCUGAUAUUAGAUGUCUGAUUUGCAUUAGGUUUUUUCUACGGCUAAAUACAUUUGCCUUUUAUUUUUCUUGAUGCCUUUCACUUAUUAUUUUACUUCGAUUCAUCAUUUAUCCUGUGGUGUUUAGCCUGGAAUCUCGGAGUCCGAAUACCUUUCCAUUUGGCUACUCUUGCCCCUUCUCCUCACUUCCCUUGCUUUAUCACUCUGACGACUUCUUCCUGGUUCCCUUGCUGUUCCCUUCCCUAACUGCCUUUCCAGCAUUAGCUGGCCUCCAUUCUCCAGCGGCUACAUAUCCUGCAGUCCAACCCAAUUUCCUGUAUCUCUCCAUAACCGGUCACUCCCCUCAGUGGCACCACCUUACUGGAGAAGCCCAUUUAUUAUCCCAGCAGAUUAAUAUUGUUGCUUGUAUGCUGUCUUUUUAAUGAUCACUCUUGUUCCUCUAUGAAGUUAGGGAUUCAUCUGUCAACCCCUGUGCAGGAGACUUGAAUUGAAUACUCUUCUGUUAGAUACUUUUAGGAGGUGGAAAUAUGCUUGAAUGCAAUGGUAGGGCAUUGCAGCCUCUCAUAUGUUCUCUUUCUCUGGAGACUUAAAACAAUUUGUGGAAUGGCUCUCUGACAGUAUCAAUCUGCCUCACUACAUAUCUCGUCUUCUAACACAAGCCAGUAAGUUGUGCAUCUCCCAAAACCACUUCCCCCCCGGAAAGGAUAGUAUCCCCGCAUUAAAUUCUGGUCUUUCCUCUCUGAAUUAUUUUGAAUGAGAUCGAGGAGCAAUUGGCCUGUUUUCCUCUUUUUAUAGCUCCUUUCUAAGCCUACAGCACUAUCCAGGCUGUGCCCUAGUUUCAUUAGCCUAAGGUGGGGGAUGCCAGUGACUGGUCUCGUGAACCCAACAAAAUAUUCUGCCCUAGGUUGCCGGGCCCCGGGAAUGUCUUGGGACAUAGUCAGCCCAGAGAGCCAUGGGGCCUGGACUCCCUAGGUGAGUUUGCAAGCACGAAGUUGUGGUUGUGCGAACAAACCGUUUAGGUGAUUCAAUGUGCAAAUAGUAGUAAUUUGUUGUAUAUGUCUUGAAUACUAGUCUAAAUGAUAAAACAUAAAAGGUUUAUGUUAGUUUCUAAUAAUGUAUGAACACACAUGUAAGUAUAUUGCAUAUUCACUGUGCCCUUUUUAUGAGUGAUGUUUAGUACAUUUGAGAUUAGGCUUCGUUAAUCAGUAAGGCACUGGUACAUUGCCAUGGUUGCCGUAGACAUCUUUGAAAAGCUUAGGUUGUUCUUAAAUGUAGAGUGUUGAUAUUAGGCAAAUGAUCUUCGAGAAGAUUUUGCUGAUUACUGAUUUCUGAUUUUCCUUUGGUGCUGCCGUACCUCUUCUAGUAAAAUAAGACAUAAUGAAGAUGAUGAUGACAGACAGUUUGAAUAACUGAAAACUCUCUUGUUCGAGGACACAAGAGUUUUGCUUUCCAAUCAAUGCUUUAAAUGUUUCAAUAUUAUAUCAUCAUCGUCGUCUUCUUCUUCUAAAGAAUUGUCUUAUUAGGCAUAGUUGGGUAGAAUAAAUUGAGACUUUGUCUUUCAAAAUAAUUAUUGAACUUGAAAUGCAUCUGGCAACUUGUGUCGAAAAAUGGAAAGAAAGUGUACUGGAAUCGAGAAGAUAAUAAGGAAGAAUCACAACAGGCAAAGAUAGGGGGAAGAAAUACAAAAUUGGAUUAAUCUGCAGCAGAGAACACAAAGAAUUCUUCAGAAUGAGCGAGAAGCAAACGGGCUCUUGAUGGCAGGAAAUUACAAUGCGAGAAUGGAGAGAGAUGGUAUUUGGACGUUCAGUCAAUGAUCACGUUCUUGGUUGUGCUGGCUGGAUCAUUGCUGGAGUCUUUAAAAUGGAAUAGACUGGCGAAAAAAUUCAAUGUUUCACACAGCGUGCAACUUCGAACUCUUGUUUCACUAUUACUCUUUUUUUUAACCAUCAAAUGCUUACGUUGUGUAUGGCUGGCUGUCAGAACUUCAUGUCUAUCUAACGUGAGCAACUAAACACCUGUUCACAAUAUGCAAAAUGAUGUCUCACGGAUUAGACUCAGUCCACUUUAAUCGCAUCCAGAAUUUAACUCUCGUUCACUUUUACUCAGCUUUUUAAACUACCAUACGUGGUCCUGGUGUUGAUGGUUGUCGAACCUUUUCAUGUUAUGGCCUAUUAUUAUGUGAGACUUCGAAGUGUAUAAUUUGAAUUGACAUGGAUUUCAGCGGCCUGAGAAACACUUAGGAGAGAUAGAAACAUGGGACAUGGCGGAAUCUGCUCUUUCAGAAGCUCUGACUGAAUUUGGCAGGCCAUGGCAGGUAAAAACCCUUCUUUUCAUAUUCUCUCUACUGAAUUAUGAUGAAUCAUGAUUUUUAAAUUCAAUAUCCCCGGAGAAGCAUGAUUUUUGAAAUCUUUUGCAUGAGUGACCACCGACAAUAGAAUCCAAAAUGACCAAAGAUUAAAGUAUAUACAUGAAAGCCUUUCUUUACGUGUUAUUUUCAAACAUAACGUCUUUAAGUGCUUUUAAAUAAUAUAAUUGUGCCAUGGUGUUGAAGCGUCUUCUCAUCUCACCUUUUGGCUUGCUGUGCAAAGAUUAACGAAGGAGAUGGCGCAUUUUAUGGCCCAAAGAUCGACAUUAGCGUUUUUGAUGCUUUAAAGAGAAAAUUUCAGUGUGCAACUCUGCAGGUUGUUCCUAAUAUCCCAUCCUCUAAUGCCAUAUCAUCAUAUGCUCUUGAAUGCGUUACUUAACACUUUCAUUGCUGCAGCUGGACUUUCAACUUCCUAUUCGUUUUGAUCUGACUUACUCGGGUGAAGAUGAAGCUAAAAGAGAUCGGCCUGUGAUGAUACACAGAGCCAUCUUAGGUUCUGUCGAGCGAAUGUUUGCUAUACUUUUGGAACACUACAAAGGGAAGUGGCCUUUUUGGAUUAGUCCUCGUCAAGCCAUAGUUUGCCCUGUUACUGAGAAAUUACAACCAUAUGCCUUACAGGUAACUGUCUGAAUUGCUUAAGAUGCGUGCAAAUAUGGACACUUGUACAACCCUGUUUCGUUAAUAUUUUGUUGCAAACCUUUUGUGAGCCAUUGUUUUAGGCACUGCGGUUUGUUAUAUCCUUUCCGAUUCAUCUGCCCUCUCUCUUAGUUCCAUUUCUCAGUAAUAGCCCUUGUGGUUGAUGUCUACCCUGCCUUUAUUGGCAAUGAAAUUUUUCCCUGUGAACCUGCAUUCAAAGAUCCCAUUUGGAUUUACAGGGGAAGUGCAUUGCUUGCUCUUGAUUGUUUGAGAGGUUUACUUCAUUGUAGGUUCACUUCAUCUUUUGAGAAAUUCAUAUGAUCCUGCUUCGUACAGCAUUUAUUUGCGAAAUUUUCUUUGUAUAAUAAUAUAAUGAGUACUACACGAGAUGAUCAAUCAAUGAAUGCGUCUGAUUUUUAUUUUUUUUAUCUCGCUGUUGUUACAGGUUCGUGAUCAGCUUCAUGCAGCUGGAUAUUACGCUGACGCGGAUAUAACAGAUCGAAAGCUCGAAAAGAAGGUAAAGUGUUGUGCGAUGAGUUCCAUAUUAAGAUUAGAACUACACUAUCUGUACGUUUGUUUGAAGUAGGGAUGCACUCAUUGUCUUCAAAAUUCUUUGAUCUUUGAAAUCUCUCUACCUAUUUGUAAUAGGAGAAGAAAGGCUAUGCUUGUAUAACUAAUUUCCCCACACGAAUUUAACAAUGUUGCUGUGUAUGAUGGAGAAAUUCAUUUAUGUUGGUGAUUAUUCUGUUUAGCAGUAGAGUAACUUCUAGAGUCUGAGAUGAAGAAUAAGAAAAGUAUAACGUUUCUUUUUCAUCCAGCUAAAAACAUACUUCUUACCGAGGCUAUCUGGGAAUGACGCUACACAUUAGUGUGACUCUGUUUUCAUAAUGCUUUCCCCACACUAACCUUUACGAGAUUUGUUGAUCUUGAUGAUCUCUGUGCUUAGUCGCAUUGUUGUCAUAUCUGUUGUGGACAAUGGGAAAAUAUACUGAGAAUAUUCUGGGUGUCUGCAGGUUCGGGAAGCCCAACUGGCACAAUAUAACUUUAUCCUUGUUGUUGGGGAGAAGGAAGCAAGCAGUGGGCAGGUAUCUUUUUAGUUAAAUAUUUUAAAUACUCUCGUAUGCUCUUUUCAUAUAAACUCCAAACUAUUCCAUGAUUAGGUUACAUAAGAUAGUUGGCCUCUCACCCUAUUUGCUAUUCGUGCUGAGAUGAUUGCUUCAAGGUAGGCUUGAUUUAGUUAAUGAAGCAUGCAACUACAGGGGCCUUUAUUUAUUUCUCAAAUACUUCAGAUUUUUCAAAGCUCUGACGAUUACAGAUAUUUUAUUUUUAAUUAUGCAAAAAAAUGAGAGGUAUCGUAGUACUCAAUUUUGAUACUUAAGAUAGUAAAGAAAUAUUUUUUGGCAAGAUGCCAUUGCUAGUUGUGUGUUCGGCAAGAAUUUAGGCUACUGAUGCCAAGACUUGAAACAAAUUUUGAUUCUGGUUCUGAUUUGAUGAGCUUUCAAAAAUGGUGACGAUGAUGAUGGCAGUGAUGAUGUCAUAAAUAGUAUCAAAAUGAUUUACCCUCGUUAAACAUCAUAUAAGCAUCAGGAGUUAGUUUAUGGGUUGGUUUUUUCUAUGAAAUGCAUUUGAAUCCUUGUUAAUAAUAAAUAUGACUACAUACCAAAUCAAAUAAAACUAAGUAAUUCUGUCCAUUUUUAUUUUUCGUUAUCCGAGAAAUUUAGGCUACUGAUCCCAGCUUUUCAAAGAAAUUUUUAGUGCUGACCCUGAUUUGAUUCUCUGGAAAUGAUGAUUAAUAUCAGAAAUAAUCUCAAUAUGAAGAUUUACCCGAUUUUAAGCAUAAUCUCAAUGCAAGCUGUUAGUCUACCGUUUGAUUGUUUUUUCCUCCUGUAAAAUGACAUUGCUGCAGGUAAGUGUGCGUGUCAGAGAUGGAACAGACUACAAAGUAAUGAGCACGGAGGCUCUUCUUCAACACUUCAAGGAUGAAACAGCCGCGUACCAUUAA